AAUGCCGUGCUUGCGAGCGGAUUGGCCUAUGGGAACCCGCGGUGCGAUUAGGUGCCGCGCCCAGUGACAAAUGCUUUGGCAUAGGUGAGACGACAGACAGUGCGCGCCCGCCAGUGGUACGCUUCGCAGCCUGCCGAGACGACGCCUCCCGCUAGCCAUACUUUGCUAAAAUGGCAGAUCUUCAAGCUGACGCGCCCUACGUGGUGGCGUUUGACACGAUCUUGAACGGGCCGGUGCACGAGUACAUACGGCUGAGCAAGGAAAUCGGCAGCGACGUGGAAAAGCACGCGGAGCAAGUCAACAGUUCGUUCCUGGCAGAGCGCAGUUUCCUGGUUGUGGCCUCCAAGCACAAUCAACCCUCGGAUGAGGAGCUGAAGAAGCUGCUGAAGCCCAUCUCCGAUCAGAUCCAGGCGAUCCAGGCCUUCCGCGAGGCGAACCGCGCCAGCAAGCUCUUCAACCACCUGUCGGCCGUCAGUGAGAGCAUCCCCGCGCUGGGCUGGGUCACCGUGUCCCCCAAGCCCGGUCCCUACGUGAAGGAGUUGAACGAUGCCGGGACGUUUUAUACCAACCGCGUGCUCAAGGACUACAAGGACAGCGACAAGACCCACGUGAACUGGGCACGGGCGUACAGCAACAUUUGGACGCAGCUCCAGGCCUACAUCAAGGAGCACCACACCACUGGCGUGAGCUGGAAUAAGUCUGGGAGCCAGGCGACGGCCGCUGCAUUGCCGUCCUGCCCGUCCGCCCCCCGUCCGGUGGCGUCGGGACCCCCGCCACCCCCACCCCCGGGCCCCCCGCCCCCCCCCGGACUCGCCACGGCCCCCAGCGGCGGCGCCGGCGACGCGGCCAGCUCGCGAUCGGAGCUCUUCGCUCAAAUCAACCAAGGGGAGCACAUCGCGAGCGGCCUGAAGCACGUCUCGGACGACCAGAAGACUCACAAGAACCCGAACCUGCGCACUCAGGCGCCAGCAGCCGCCGCCCCCAGCCUCUCUGGGCCCAAGCCGUUCACUUCGCCCAAGCCAGGCACAACCGGCGCCGGGAGGGCAGCCGCUGCCGGAGCGAGUCCGGCUGGCGCCGCCGCCGCCGCCAAGAAGCGGCCGCCGGUGCUGGAGCUUGAUGGCAAGAAGUGGAGAGUGGAGUACCACGACAACGCAAGCAACUUGGUGCUGAAGGACACGGAGCUAAAGCAGGUGGCGUACAUCUUCCAGUGCAACAACAGCACGGUGAACGUCAAGGGCAAGAUCAACUCCAUCACCGUCGAUUCCUGCAAGAAGCUGGGCCUGGUGUUUGACGACGUCGUGGGGAUCGUGGAACUCAUCAACUGCAAGAGCGUGCAAGUGCAGGUCCUGGGCAAGGUCCCAACCAUAUCCGUCAACAAGACGGACGGCUGCCAGAUCUAUCUGAGCAAGGACUCGCUGAGCUGCGAGAUCGUGAGCGCCAAGUCGUCGGAGAUGAACGUGCUCAUCCCACACGACAAGGACUUUAAAGAGUUCCCGAUCCCGGAGCAGUUCAAGACCGUGUGGAACGGCAAGAAGCUGGAGACGGUGGCUACCGAGAUUGCUGGUUAAGCCCCCUUUCUCCUGGUGGCAUGCGCCGCUCCCCCCAAACCCAGCAGUGAUCCCAACCAGCCAACAACCCACGGCGGGGCCAGUACACACAUGGCAAUUUGCACCAACUCUGCCCUGCGCAAGCAAAGUAGUGAAAAAAAUAAUCUAAGCCUAUCGCACGAUUCUAUAGAACACUUCCAAGCAUGAUUUAAUUAAGUGAGAGAAGCUGAGAUUUAGAAAAUGUUCAAAAGUAUAAUGAUUUUGACGUAAUUGUUUGGAUUUGUUUUCGUUCUGUUUCUCUCCUGAAUUUGAUACACAUAAAAAAAACGGUAUAAUGCACGUGGCUUUUGUCGGGUGAAGUUGGUGCUAAUGCCUGAACCCAUUGGCGCUUCCAAUGGGAAUAAAAAUCACACCUCGGGGAGAGAUUAACCUUGGCACUUCGUAUUGUAAUCGUGCAUCAAGAAUAUUUUUGCAGGCAAACCGGAUGCUUAUAUUGCACUUUCUGGAUUGCUGCUUUGGUCGAUAUAUUUUUUCUACUUUUGCUAGGUUACUGCUCCGAUAGAUCCCUGGACCUCAUCAGAUGUGUCAACUAACUUGAAUGUCUGCUUUUCUAGCGCGAUACGAUUGUGUGGAAUUAUAAGACCGUUCGUGCUGUGUACGCCACUUGCGAUGACUUCGAUGCAUUUCCACGUUGGCCAAGGUGGUGUCACCUUUUGAAAUCAAAGUCAGCUUCAUUCCUCUAUUAAAUUCCUCGUUACGUAAUGGAAACAUUCCUUGAAGAUUGAUUCCCGUUGAAAAUCGUGUUCUGUCCACCCCCCCCCCUCAGUUUUUGUCGUACAAUCGCAUAAAAUGCAAAUAUAUAUUGACUUGCCAAAUAUUUUAAUGAGUUUCAUACUGCCAAGUCUAUUAACCAACUUGAUUGUUUUUCAGGUCAGAGGUACAAAUAAUCCAAUUCAACCACUUUGCGUAGUGUUAUUAUUGUUGCCUGUUCACUUAUUUGCUUUCACUUUAAAAGUCUGCCCCAGACGGACUCUCGCCCUCUGCUUCUUCGUCAACGUGUUGCCACUUAAGUCUACUAAGAACGGACAUUCCGCUAAAUCGACCGCCUCCUGCGCCCAAUUUAUUUUGUGUGUAAAAAAAAAUCAAUUUCAUUAUGACGAGCACCGAAUUCGUGCAGGAGUCUGAAUAUGGUACGGCUUGCCAGACCGCCGGGAAACGCUGAUUUUUUUUUGCCUCCCCCCCCCCCACUGAUUCACGCUCUCAAGCCUAACCAAUCGCGGGAUGGCGUGUUACUUGAUUUUGGAUGAGAACCUCUUGUGUUGUUUUUUUUAUCAAUUCUCACCGGGUUUUUUUUUGGUUAGUGUCACUGCUGAGCUUUGGGCCUAGUUUUGUCUCCUCCCAUUUCAUUUUGCCGACACUUCGUUACGUUUCUCGCCGUCAUCGAUUUGUUACGAUUUUUUGUCUUAAUCACCGUUUGCUAAACGUUGCUUUCUUCUUGUGGUUGUUGCGAUUUUUACUUUAGCUUCACUGGCUACUGCUGGCUUCUUAAAAAAAAUAAAAAAGCACUGUUCAUUUAGCGAAAAGAUGUAGAAAACUAUAGAAAGUUUCCUUCAUGAUGACAGUCGUGAGACUUAUCACUGACCUGACCCUAUAUUGCGCUAAAUCAUGUGCACCCUUUAGUGGCAAUAACGCAGCACGGAUCGGAAUGUAAUCUGCGUCAGCGUCGCGUACGGGCAGCACUUAUUAAAGCCGUCUCCUGCGAAGACGCCCGCUGUACGUAGGGAGGACCCCCCCCCCCCCCCCAACACACGCUGUGCGCGCCUGCGUGACCUUCGCAAAGGAAUGCCAUCGACUUGUCAUCAGCAGCAGAACCUUCACGGUGGCAAGUUGUGGGCGCUUUGGUCUGUCCUAGAUGUUCGAAAUUGGUUAAGGAUCCACGCAAGAAUUCAUGGGAAAUCAAUCGGCCGAGGGCCCUACCUCCAAUACUCUUUGGUUCUUUCGGUAAAGUUACAUAGGUAUAAAAUAAAAUACCUACGUGACUUUACCGAAAGAACCAAAGAGUAUGGAUUCCUGCAGUCACGAAAGCUUAAAAUCAAGACCCUACCUCCAAUGUUGCAUCAAGCGAACUCGUGGGUGGGUUUUUUUCCAUCUUCACAAUGAUUUUGACCGAUGCACAUCCACGGCUUGCUAGCUAGCCUGGCUACCUGCUAGCAAUCCCGUGGCCACGCGAGU